UCGGUUCAAGUCUAUGAUUCAACACAUCACUGUCGCUGGGGCGGAGUAUUACUGGCCAAUGCGCUUCAGCUUUACUGCCGAGUCCACAGCUGAAUAACACCCGCUGAUUCAGAAUAUUUGAGCUGUGGUAGCAAGAUGGAUGCUGACAAUGAAGCCAAAGGUAAGGUGAGCGACCAGGCGAUGCAGAACCCUCAGGCAUUGGCAGCUCUUCAGGACAAAAUAGACAGUGUCUCACAUAGUGCUUCCAUCAUGGACAGCUUACCAAAGUCUGUGAAAAGAAGAGUCAAUGCCUUAAAGAAUCUUCAGGUCAACAGCACGCACAUCGAAGCCAAGUUUUACAAGGAGGUGCAUGAGCUGGAGAGAAAGUAUAGCGCUCUUUAUCAGCCAAUAUUUGACAAAAGAAGAAACAUCGUCUCUGGAGAAGUGGAACCAACUGAUGAGGAGUGUGAAUGGCAGAGUGACCAUGAGGAUGAAGCAGCAUUAGCAGAAGAUCUGAAGAAUAAAGCGGCAAUAGAGGAAAAGAUAGAAGAUGCUAAUGAGGAGAAGCCCAAGGGAAUUCCAGAGUUCUGGCUCACCAUAUUCCGGAGUGUGGACAUGUUGAGCGAUAUGCUGCAGGAGCAUGAUGAACCAAUUCUUAAACAUCUUCAAGAUAUUAAAGUGAUAUUUUCUGGUCCUGAUCAGCCUAUGAGCUUCACAUUAGAGUUCUAUUUUGAACCCAAUGAAUACUUCACCAACACAGUCCUCACAAAAGUUUACAAAAUGAAGUCGGAGCCAGAUGCAGAUGAUCCAUUUUCAUUCGAGGGACCAGAAAUCAUCGACUGCGAGGGGUGUGAAAUUGAUUGGCACAAGGGCAAAGAUGUGACGGUUAAAACAAUCAAGAAGAAGCAGAAGCACAAAGGCAGAGGGACAGCGAGGGUCAUCACCAAACAAGUGCCCAAUGACUCCUUUUUCAACUUUUUCAACCCUAUUAAAGUUUCACCAGAUAAAGAGUUGGAUGAGGAUUCAGAGUACACCUUAGCCACAGAUUUUGAAAUUGGUCAUUUCUUCAGGGAAAGAAUCGUUCCGAGAGCAGUUUUGUAUUUCACAGGAGAAGCUCUGGAGGAUGAUGAAAGUUUUGAGGAGGAGGAACUGGAUGAGGGUGAAGAGGAGAUGUUUUGUGAAAAGGACCAAGAUGAGGAGGAUGAGGACGAUGAAGAGGAGGGAGAUUCCAAGUGACAGGCAUAAGUCAUUCUCACCUCAUACAUUUCUAGCCCGGGGAUCCUCAGCCUGCAGAGUGCAAACAACAGUAGUUUGGAGCGCUCACUCCUGCCACUGUCAAACCCCAUCAGCUCUGUAGUGCUGCAUACAAUCUCUGCCGAGCACACCGUCCAACAAAACAAAACAUGAUGAUGCAGUACAUUGGAAAACAAGUUUUUUUUUUUGUUGUUGUUUUUUGUUUAAUCCAGCAGAAUUAGCUUACUUUAAAUUUCACUUGCUAUAACAACAAACAGUAUAGAUAAAUUGGGCAAUUCCACAUUACAGUCUGCCUCAGAGUGAAAUAUAUAUAUAUUUCAUAAAACUAUUUUUUAAUUCAUGAUUUAGGCAUUUACAGACAUAAUGACUUCAGACAUGCUGUUGCAUAGCCAAAAAAAAAAAAGAAAAAAAGUUGACUUGCACAGUCUUGCAUUUUUGUUUAACUUGCAAGCAUUGUGUCUUCACAUUCACACAGGUGAAAUUUUAAACCUGAAUUGAAAUAAAUGGGAUUGUAUUCUAACUUCCUGUGCACAUGUAACCUUUGUCAAGGUUGUUUGUAUUUAACAAAUAGUUUCUUUUCUCAAUUUUGAAGUGUUCUGUGUCAUGGGCAUAACCUUUUUUUACACAGCAUAUAUCUAUUUAUGUACUUUUUGAACAAAACAGCAUGUUUAUGCACUUAUUUAUUUAUGGAAAUGUGUGGACAGUUGCUAGCUAGCUAACCAAACCAACUAAUGUAUCGAUGAUACCUUGCAGGCGUCAAGUAGUUGUGUUUAAUCAUAUCCGGCUUCUUUACUGACAUUUUUAUCUUUCUGUUGAAGAUCAUAAUUUAAAAAAAAUGAAUUCCUGCACUCCACUACUUUAAGUACCUAUAUACUUAAUUGAUGCAGUCUAAUUUUGUUUAUAUGUACCUAAGUCUAAGUUAUAUCCAUAAUGCUGGAAUUGCUCAAUUUAGAUAUGUAGUAGACAAAGACGAUAGGGCGAAAGUCCACUGCCAAUGGUCACUGAAUUCUGAGUGAACUGCAGAUGAUUACAUGUCCUGAAAGUCACAUGUUUUAUGUGAUCACAUUCUCAAGGCCGUUUUCUGAGAUACAACAUCACACCCCAAAGUUGACUGAAUAAUUUAUUUUGUGACUUUAUCUCAUAGGUUACUCAGGGUUUUUUAUGCCAAUAUGACAGUGUGCGAGUAUCCAGCAUUGUGAAACUGUUGAUAUCUAACUUGCUUAAUGUUCUCUUUUGUCUUGUAAAAGUCUUUUAGUUAUUACAGAGUUAUUUAUAUAUCUUUUUUCCCAUCUUUUUAUUAUUGUUUUGAACUCUGUGUUGGUCUUGUGCUUCUUGGUGGAUCCCUAAGAGAAUAUGUUUUGCUGAUGUAUGUACUGUACCCAGUUGAUUAUAGCCCCUUUUAGCAUUUUAAAAAUGCUUUUGCUGUACUGCCCAAGCACUUACUAAAAAGAAAAUAAUUAAACAUGUUUAUUGCCAAA